AAUAAGCGUGACCUCGCCGUAGUAGCGUCGGCGGAUUCGCGCACCUGCCCCUCCACAGAGAGCAGCCGCACCGGCGGACACAAGCAGUGCAGGUCCCCGCGAUGCCAGUCGGAUCUUAAGCCGCCCGGUUCAGCCCGUGAGAAGGAAAGGAGAGGACACAUUAAAAGAGCCCUGUUCCUAUCUCAACCACAGACUCUCGGUCCGAAACGGGCAGGAGAAACAAAAGAGGACAUCGUUAAAUUGGAGUAAAGCGCGUCCUCCAGCGCAGCGCAGCUAUAAGAGGAUUGCUGUAUCCCAAGAACUGCAACGCCGCCCGAAGUGUGUUUAGACGGGGAAAAUGUCAUUGUCUGGGAAAGAAAACAGCACUACCCCUCAUGCCAAUUACGUGGGACCGUACCGCUUAGAAAAGACCCUCGGGAAAGGACAGACAGGUCUUGUAAAGCUCGGGGUCCACUGUGUCACAUGUCAGAAAGUCGCCAUAAAGAUUGUAAACCGAGAAAAGCUCAGCGAAUCCGUGUUAAUGAAGGUGGAGCGAGAGAUCGCCAUCUUGAAGCUAAUAGAACAUCCCCAUGUAUUAAAGUUGCACGACGUCUACGAAAAUAACAAGUAUUUGUAUUUGGUUUUAGAGCACGUUUCGGGUGGAGAGCUGUUUGACUAUCUGGUUAAGAAGGGCCGAUUAACACCCAAAGAAGCUCGAAAGUUUUUCAGACAGAUCAUCUCGGCUCUGGACUUCUGCCACAGUCACUCAAUAUGUCACAGGGACCUGAAGCCGGAGAACCUGUUGCUGGAUGAGAAGAAUAACAUCAGGAUAGCAGACUUCGGCAUGGCGUCCCUGCAGGUGGGAGACAGUCUGCUGGAAACCAGCUGUGGAUCUCCUCAUUACGCGUGUCCUGAAGUCAUCCGGGGAGAGAAGUAUGACGGAAGGAAAGCAGACGUUUGGAGCUGUGGGGUCAUUCUGUUUGCUCUGCUGGUGGGAGCUCUGCCGUUUGAUGAUGAUAAUUUAAGAAACUUGUUAGAAAAGGUGAAGCUGGGUGUGUUUCACAUGCCUCAUUUUAUCCCGCCGGACUGCCAGAACCUUCUGCGAGGAAUGAUCGAGGUCAACUCCGGUAAUCGGUUAACGUUAGAGCUGAUCCAGAAGCACACCUGGUACAUAGGAGGGAAGAACGAGCCGGAGCCCGAGCAGCCGGUGCCCAGGAAGAUGGCGAUCCGCAGCGUCCCGUCAGCCGACGACAUCGACCCGGACGUCCUGGAGAGCAUGCACUCACUAGGCUGCUUCCGGGACAAGAAUAAGCUGAUGAAGGACCUGCUGUCGGACGAUGAGAAUCAGGAGAAGAUGAUCUAUUUCCUUCUGUUGGAUCGAAAGGAGAGAUACCCCAGCCAUGAAGACCAGAACCUCCCUCCUCGCAACGAUAUAGAUCCACCGCGGAAGCGUGUCGACUCACCCAUGCUGAACAGACACGGGAAGAGGAGGCCAGAGAGGAAGUCUAUGGAGGUGCUGAGCGUUACGGAUGGAGGUUCACCUGUACCUGCACGAAGAACCAUCGACAUGACACAACAAGGACAGAGGUCACGGUCCAUCAGUGGCGCGUCCUCUGGUCUCUCCACCAGCCCUCUCAGCAGCCCGCGGCCCAUCCGAAAAUUCUGUGUCCCACCACAGUCCACUGAGCUGUUCUUGUCCCCCAGCUCUAGUAUCACAGACUCCCUAAAACCAAACUCAGAUCAAAACGAGUCAAAAACCCCAACUUCUAACUCCCUAACACCAUAUUCUAUAUUGGAGUCUCUCUUUCCCUACCAAAAGACCCAAACUCUUCCAGCCAAACCCAAAGACAAAUGCUUACAAUCCGCCCGAUCAAACCCCCUACCUGAAUCUGAGCCCGAACACAUUUUGACAGCCAAGUCAGAACCUUCAACUCCAUGUCAGCCUCAAGUGCCCUGUAUACCGGAGAGCCCACUGGUGCGGCGGGCAACCCCAGCAUCCAUCAUACCCCCUCAACUCUCAGUCCCCUUUAGGCCUGUUGUCCCUCUUUCCCCUAUCCGUCUACACCACUUCCACCCUUUGCCCUGUUCUGACCACACCACCAAAUCUAUCCCCACCAUACAGGUGACCCCCCAUCCCUCUCCAAGGGGCAGCCCUAUCCCCACUCCCAAAGGAACGCCCGUGCACACGCCUAAGGACAGCCCCACAGGGACACCGACCUCGACGCCACCCCCCAGCCCCUCCAUCGGGGGAAUGCCCUGGAAGACACGCCUCAACUCCAUCAAGAACAGCUUCCUGGGCUCGCCGCGCUUUCACCGCAGGAAACUGCAAGUUCCCACUCAAGAGGAGAUGUCCAGCCUCACGCCAGAGUCUUCCCCAGAGCUUGCCAAAAAAUCUUGGUUUGGUAACUUCAUCAACCUAGAGAAAGAGGAGCAGAUCUUUGUGGUUAUAAGGGACAAGCCACUGAGCUCUAUAAAAGCCGACAUCGUCCACGCCUUUCUCUCGAUACCCAGCCUCAGUCACAGCGUUGUCUCGCAGACAAGUUUUCGGGCUGAGUAUAAAUCCACCGCUGGCCCCACCGUCUUCCAGAAGCCUGUUAAGUUCCAGGUCGACAUUACGUACACCGAGAGCACUGCGGCCACCAAGGAGAACGGCAUCUAUUCAGUCACCUUCACUCUGCUCUCAGGUCCAAGCCGGCGUUUCAAGCGGGUGGUAGAAACGAUUCAGGCGCAGUUGUUAAGCACACACGACCAGCCGGGAGUCCAGCAGUUGUCUGGAAUUAUCCAGAAAAUGUAUUAAAACUCCGCCCCCCACUUCCCUGCACAUCCUGAGACGGACAUUUAUUGACAGACGGCACUUUUCAUGAUGAACAAGCAGGUUACCAAGGAGAUGGACGCUUCAUCCUUCCUCAUACUCUUCCCUUCCCGCUCUCAGUUAUAUCCGAGGACUAAAUACGAAUACCCAGACUUUGUUCCCACUCAACCUGUGUGCACCCCGCCAUCAUCUCAGCUCCUCAACCUGUUAAAAUGGUUGACCAGCCAGUGGUAACCAGCUGCACCAACAGGCUCUGUUCCAAAACGUAGUGAGCUGCCUCUAAGAUACCGCACUCUGAUCAAAUGAUAAGGCAGCCCCUUAAUGCAAUGCAACACAUUUAGUAAAAAAAUGGCGUUAAAGAUGGCAGAGAAAGCACCCUUUGUGCUUUAAUUAAAAUUAGGAUUAUUUUACCCAAUUUUUGUGUUAUGUAUUUUGUUGUCCAAUAAAGUAUGAAUCUGUUAGCAUAGUAACAUGCUAACAUCAAACUCUGUUGAAAUCAAUUGAACAUUGAGUCUCUCUGUGCAGUUGUUAGCUUAGCAACAUGCAAGCUAGAAGCUGUACUGAUGUCAGUUGAGAAUUGAGUCUCUAGUGCACAUGCUUCAGGACUGUCAUUUGUGUCACACAAACCAUUCUUCUACUGGGGCUGGUGCUGGAGCUGGAGUCAGUGCUCAGCACUUGUUCAGAACUGGCUCACACUUCCUCUGGCAGUGAGCAGAACCCUCUCCAUCACUGGCCCAGGAUUUUUUUGAGUGGAAAACAAUUGGGCUCCGGCUCAAGCGGUAACAGAGCUGUAACCGAGCGGUAACAGAGCUGAAGAGUGUUUCAUAUAAGUUUUUAGCUUGGCAAUAUGCUAAUGGCAGACUCUACUGAAAUCAAUUAAUAAUCAAGUCUGACAUUUUAUAUCCCAUUCUGUCUUAUUAAUCGAAGAAUUCAGAUUUUAUUUAAAAAAAAAGUUCAGAUUUGAGAGACAUAAACUCAGAAUUGUGAGAUGAAAACUUUCAACUCUGAGAAGAAAACUCCAAAUUGCAAGAAAAAAAAAUUUAAGUUUUAAAAGUCGCAAAUACCUUUUUGAUUU